CAGGAACUAACUUUGUCUGCUCCGAAUGAUGGAGCACACUACAAGUGAACCCCGUGAAAAAACAUUUACUUGUCAAUUGUGUGAUUUAAGCAGCCCUUUUACUUACUACGGCCAGAAACCACCAAACACCAGAGCCAUUGUGUUGCUUGAGGAGAGUUUUGUGACCAAGGACCCAUUCAGUCCGGACAAGGAGAAGUUUCUGGUUUUGGGUUCCAGCUGCAGCCUGUGCAACAUGCGAGUCUGUGUUGGAUCGGACUGCAGUCUUUUCUACACCAAGAGGUUCUGCAUGCAGUGUGUGAACAAACACCUGGACCAGUUCCCACAACAGAUUCAGGCCGAACUGGCCAAGAAGAAGCAGAGCGCCAAGGAUGCUGUGUCAUGAUGUCAGACAAGAGGUCCAUAACCUGUUCCCCAAUAGGAGAGAAAUGUCUGACUGGUCAUGUAAAGAGACCUAUGUGUCAGGCUGCUGCAUCAGCCCUGUUUGAUCAAAUCUACACAGGACCAAACUUCACAAAAUCCAAACAUCCUGUAAUUUAUAAGCAUAGCUCUUGGUGCUUAUUAUUUGGAUGGGAAAUUAACACCACACGUCAGAAAAAUACUAGUUUGUGCUUGUGGCCAAUAAAGGUAAGCUGCUGUAUUAGCCCACAGGGUGUUAUUUGUUUAUUUGUUUCUAGAGAGUUUUACAGAAGCAAGUAACGGGUGUGACUAGUGUAGCCGGACCCCUGUGAAAUUGUGGUUGCAGGCUCAGAAUUAGACUUGCUGGUUUGCUGCAAUUAAAACUGGCUGGCAAUUAAAGCGGAGUGUUGAAUGCAAUGAACAGUUUUCAAGUUAUUGCUAAUAAGAUGCUCGUUCAGCCCAAUUCACGAACGGUUCAGGGCUUUUUACACACUGUUCAACACAUUAUAUUAUUAUAACUAUGUAUGACUCAAAAAAAGAUGUGGAAUUAAUCGCAUUCCCCAAGAUCAGUCGCUAGGCAGAUUAAAAACCACAUUCAUUCGUCCUUGCAAUACAAAGAAAUUAAUAAGUCAUACAGUUUCUCUUUGUACUUGAUGAAUUAUGCCUGUUGCGCAAUGUUUUAAUGUGCCUUUUUAUGACAAAACUCAUUUUUAUUACUUUUCAGAAACAUAUGGUAACAGUAACAUUUCUAUGACUAACUCUCUAACUAUAGACACAUGUUUGUGUUGACAGUGACACCUUCUUUUAAGAGUGCAUCGCUGUUAGCCCUUUCAUAACCACAUCCGAGGUUGGAGGGUGCACUGUUGGCUUCUGUGGAGUCAGAAAAAAAAGUUUGUUCUGUCAUCUUAAACUAUAAAAAAGAC